GUGGUCGCAGUCCAGAUCGGCUCCGAGGGGGGGAGGGUAGGGGAUAGGUUCAGUGACGUCAGCUAGUCCGAGAGGCCGGAGCUCGGUGAGGGGCCCGGGGCGCGGAUCCCGAGAGCCGGGCGGGGAAAGCUGAGCCGGGAGAACCUAACAGGGAGAGCGGUGACCGGCGGGAACUGGCCUGGAGCCGCACCCCCAAGCACCUGCUCGCCUGCCCAGCGGAUCGGCCAGUGCGGAGUGGCCCGCAAGCCCCCGCCCCGGCCCAGCCCCCUCCCGGGCCCCCCAUGGCCCGGGCCGCAGCCCUCCCGCCGUCGAGAUUGUCGCCGACGCUGCCGCUGUUGUCGCUAUUGCUGUUACAGCUCCGAGAAACAGGAGCCCAGGACAUGCAGGUCCAAGUGCUUCCCGAGGUGCAGGGCCAGCUGGGUAGCACUGUGGAGCUGCCGUGUCAUCUGCUGCCACACACCCAGAACGUGAACGUCACGCAGGUGACCUGGCACCGCCUGAACGGAGUCUCCGUGGCUGCCUUCCACCCCAACUUCGGCACCCACUUCCCCAACCAGCAGGCCAGCCAGGAGCGCCUGGCCUUUGUCAGAGCUGGCCAGGGAGCCAAGACCAACCUGUACGAUGCCACGCUGGCUAUCCGAGACCUGCGCCUGGAGGACGAGGGAAACUACACCUGCGAGUUCGCCACCUUCCCAAAAGGCACCCGCUCGGGGGUGACCUGGCUCCGAGUCCUCGCCCAGCCCCAGAACCACGCGGAAGCCCAGGAGGUCACGCUCAGCCUGGAUCCUGUCCCAGUGGCCCGCUGUAUCUCCAUGGGGGGCCGCCCCCCUGCACAAAUCACCUGGAUCUCAACCCUGGAUGGGGAGGCCAGAGACAGCCAGGAGGCAGGACCCCAGGCGGGCACAGUCACCGUCACCAGCCGCUACACCAUGGUGCCCCUAGGCCGAACGGAUGGCGUCCAGAUCACCUGUAAAGUGAAACAUGAGACCUUCCAGGAGCCGGUGCUGCUGCCUGUGAUCCUCUCUGUGCGCUACCCCCCCGAGGUUUCCAUCUCCGGCUAUGAUGACAACUGGUACCUGGGCCGCACCGAGGCCAUCCUGAACUGCGACGUCCGCAGCAACCCAAAGCCCACAGACUACCGCUGGAGCACGCCUUCAGGCACCUUGCCAGCCUCCGCGGUGAAUAAGAGCUCCCAGCUGUUUGUGCACUCUGUGGACCGACUGGUCAACACCACCUUCAUCUGCACAGUCACCAACGCUGUGGGCACAGGCCAUGCCGAGCAGGUCGUCUUGGUCCGAGAGACACCCAACACAGCAGGCGCGGGAGCCACUGGAGGCAUCAUCGGGGGCAUCAUUGCCGCCAUCAUUGCUACAGCAGUGGCCGCCACGGGCGUCCUCAUCUGCCGGCAGCAGCAGAAGGAGCAGAGGCUGCAGGGGGCCGAGGAGGAGGAUGACCUGGAAGGACCGCCCUCCUACCAGCCACCCACCCCAAAGGUGAAGGCGAAGCUGGAGGAGCCAGAGAUGCCUUCCCAGCUCUUCACUCUGGGAGCCUCGGAGCACAGCCCACUCAAGACCCCCUAUUUUGAUGCUGGCGUCUCAGGUACUGAGCAGGAAAUGCCUCGAUACCAUGAGUUGCCCACCUUGGAAGAGAGGCCAGGGCCUCUGCUGCUGGGGGCCACAAGUCUAGGACCCCCCAUUGUGGUGCCCCGAGGGUCACCUGGUGUGGAAGGGGUUUCCCUGGAUCUAGAUGAGGAAGAGGAGGAGACAGAGGAAAACUAUCUGGACAAGAUCGACCCCAUCUACGACGCCCUAUCCUAUAACAGCCCCUCUGAAUCCUACCAGGACAAAGGCUUCAUUGUGUCCCGGGCCAUGUAUGUGUGAGGGCUCUGGUCUCUCACCGGUCACCUCUGAUCCCUUAUGUUUGCUAGGGACCUGGUGCAUGCUGUCAUCUGGCCAAGCCACUGUCAGUUAACACAUGGACAUUCGUCUGUGACCUCUAACCCAAAAUCCUGAACCCAGAGAAACUUCAAGACAGUGGAAGCCUGGUAACUUUAUCACAAGAGGCAGGGAGUAGAGAGGAUAUUUCUGCACAACCUCUGACCACCAGGAUUUGUUUCCCAAACUGUGACUUUAGGCUGUAGCACUCGCUUCUGGCUGGCCCACAUCUCUCUACUCCUCCAGAAAUCCUAAAAACUCCAGACCUCUGAUUUAUCCUCAGGCAGUAAGUCCCGACAGGUCUGAAAGCACAGGCAUUUAGGGGUUCUCUGUUGCUCAGACUUGAGCCCUCCAGGCAGCAGAGCCCCUUUGUCUCCUCCCCACCCUGCUCCACACAGGUAGGAGGGAAGGGGAUUCCCAGCCUUAAGCCGAGUUUUCCCAUCUUCCCCUCCUGCGGGCAGGAGUCUCAGGGUCCAAGCCCUUCUCUGAGCCCUACCACCUAAUUCCUUUGUGCAGAGCAUGAACUCCAGCCCAGUGCUAGAGGAAAAGCUCCAGGCGUUUGCCUUGGUCACCCAGCUGUGGGUGGAGAAUUGGCUGUUACUUGGAAGACUACUGAAUCCUCUGAUCUCUGCCCUCUGGGAAGAGACCUAAACAUCCUUCUUGGGGGAAAAAAUGGGUCACCUGGGUUGGGGGUGGGGGUUAAGAUAUUGUUUUAUAACCUAGAAUUUCCUACAAAAUAUGAAUUUAUA